GUUGCCACGUUCUUUUUAAAUGGAAUGGGAGAGGCAUGAAGAAGACAUACACUUGUCUGAUGAACACUGUGGAUUUGCUUCGAUUCCUUCCUUAGCCUGGUGGUUUCAAAUCCCUGUUUCCCAGAUCCUUGAAGAGUGGCCUUGCUUUUAGGCCACCUGCUGUUUUGAAAUGCAUGGAGUGUCCCUAGCAUGAAAUGACUUCAGAAAGCUUGGUGUCUGGCACUCACGGGAGGUGUGGGCUUGAACCACUUGAAGGAGAUGUGCCUUGUGCCCAGGUCUUUUCCUUCUGACUGUGUGCUAAGCUUUAAAUCGUUGAUUUACAAAGGAGGGUUGGCAAGUUCUCCUGCCGUUGUGUACAGAUGCUGCCCACGUGGGGAGCCGUCGAAUUUGCUUUCAACUGAGUCUUCUAGAUUAAACCUCAGAGUGCAGUCCUGCUCAGAAACUCUUAGCCUCACUACAGUCAUCAAAUCAAAGCAAAAGUACAAGCAUAAAGCAGUACGGAGAAUAUCCUAAAGUAAGAAUUCAGGAGGAAGUUAACUUUACUGGAGACAGCACCGGGCACUUCUGAGCUUGGCUGGGAGAUUGAAGAGGGCAUGAAAGGACCCUGGAUCCUUUCGUGAGUCUGAUCUUAGUUGAGAAGGUCCACAGAGAGCUAGGAGACAACAGAUCAUCCCAGCACCUAAAUGAGGCAUUAAGUCCGGUCUGUUGUUAGCUGUCUGAAACUUCUCCAGGGUACAUUCCUAAUAGAAAUGGCAGAAAAGGUGAAUAACUUCCCGCCGCUCCCCAAGUUUAUCCCUCUGAAACCAUGUUUCUACCAGAACUUUGCUGAUGAAAUUCCCAUAGAUUAUCAGACUUUGGUGAAGAGAAUCUACCAUGUAUGGAUCUUCUACUGCAUGACACUAGUCGUGAAUAUAAUCGCAUGCCUAGCGUGGUGGAUCGGAGGAGGCUACGGGGUCAAUUUUGGCUUGGCCAUCCUUUGGCUCAUUCUCUUCAGUCCCUGUGGCUACGUCUGCUGGUUCCGACCUGUAUACAAAGCCUUUCGGUCGGACAGCUCGUUUAAUUUUAUGGCCUUUUUCUUCAUCUUUGGUGCGCAGUUUGUUCUCACGGUCCUACAAGCAAUCGGUUUCUCUGGAUGGGGAGCAUGCGGAUGGUUGGCAGCCGUUACUUUCUUUAGCACUAACGUUGCAGCUGCUGUGUUCAUGCUGUUUCCUGCCAUUAUGUUUACAAUGUCAGCAGUCGCGAUGCUCUUCUGCAUUUUAAGGGUACAUAAAAUCUACCGAGGGGCUGGUGGGAGCUUUCAGAAAGCUCAGGAUGAGUGGAACAGCGGCACAUGGAGGAAUCCCCCCAGCAGGGAGGCCCAGUACAACAAUUUUUCUGGAAACAGCCUACCAGAGUAUCCCACGGUGCCCAACUAUCCCCCGGGAAACCAAUGGCCUUAAGCAGCAACAGCUGCAAACUGCCUGGAUUCUCUUCUUUUUGGUCUUUUUAUUAUUGUUAUUUGAAAAGAUCAUUUGCAUUCCCACCCCCUCCCCCAGGCUUCUUGGGGACUCUUGUUUUUUGGUCUCCUUCUCAUCACUGCAGAAGAUGUAUGCUGCCAGCCCAUGCUGCCUCCAGAGCUCUGCACGGCCUUAGCAGAAAAUUUUGUGUUCUGUUACCAGUAUUUGCCUUAUUGCAGACUGAAGAACCAACCGUUCACUGCCCUUGCUUGAGGGAAUCCUCUCCUGAUCAUACUGAAAAACACUGGUUUCUCCACGAUGGUGAACACUACAGGAAUUGCUGCUUCUCCUGCCUCCCUGCUUAGCUUUCAUCAAAUGCACAGUACACCACCAAAUCAUCUGUAAUCGUAACGAACGCAAUCUGAACCUUAGUAGCAACUGGUGUUUACUUUCUGGGAUGAAUAAUCUGGAAUUUUUCACUCUGAGGGAAACGUAGCCCUUAAUUUAUUUGGUACCUGCUGAUACUGAAGGUACUGGUAAAAUCUACAACCUCUUUUGUUUGUGUUCUCUGGCGAUGAAUCCUUUAGGUAACAGCGCUUGCCGUGGGUGAGUGUUGUUCAGAUGUGAAGUCCAGGAGAACCCUCAUCUGUCUGGCUAGAGUUAUCGUUGUGCUAGAAGUCUUGCUUUCCCCGCUGCCAAAAGUUUCUGCUUGAUCUGUGUGCUUCAAAAGUGCAGAUUCAUCUCAUUUGGUUGACGCUUGCUCGCUAAAAGCCCAAUUCAAAGCCCUGGAACCUCUUGAAGAACUGACUGUUGUGGGGCUUUGGACCUGGCUGCCUGGGUGACGUUCGUCCUUUUACAGAUAGGCAGCCCGAGAUCUCUCUGCCAUUUAAAUUCCAGUUAUUGGAUGUCAAGGUUUUGUGCUGACCCAAGAAAUUCCCUACUUGAUGUUCCUUGCCCUGUUGAAAAACUGUUUUUUCUGGGCUACCAGCCAGUAGUCAGGUGCUAGAUAACUAUCGAUUUCAGUGCUCAGGCCCCAGUGUGAUUUGGGAGUAAUUCUGUUACAAUUGAUGGAUUUAAUUCUAAUUUGUGCCAGUGUGGUUAAAAUUCAAACGUUCUGCAAUGUGUUGUCUGAUAGACGAAGGAAAGCUUGUUGGUCCUGUUAACAGAUGUUAGCUGUGCAGAGCUGGUACGCGUCUGUGUAGCCAGCAGCACUUUUCUUCCACGGAGGGGCAGGGAGAGAGGUUCUCAUCUUUCCCCAAGCAUCACUUGAAGAGAAGAUAAAGGAGAGAGAGUUUUCCCUGAGAACUAGCAUUAAUCUUGUAGCUGAUUUUCAUCCUGUGCAUUUACAUCAGGACUCCUGUAGGCUGAGCCAUCCAGUUCCCCUGGGUCCUGCAGUGAUCCCAGCAGUAAAGGCUGCAAUUUCUUUCAUCUCCCUUAAGAGCCUGCUGUGAUUUUCUUUUUUCUUUCUUUCUUUCUUUUUUUCCCUUCCCAAACCUGUUAAAACUGGGAGGUCAGCUCCCAUUAUUUCUGUAGAGAGUGAGUGUUCAGACUCUUCGGUUCUGAAAAUUUCAGCCAGCGAUCCCUUAAAGGACCAAGUGCUCCGCUUUGGAGACCCGAAAGGUAUCGGGCACCCUGGGGGUCAGACCCCAAUCCUGUCCCUCCUGGCAGGCUGCAGGAUAGGAUGCCACAAGUGUCGCUCCAAGCCGACACCGAGUGAUUGGAAAGCAAAACUGGCUCCUGCGCGGGGUCAGGGAGGUUGUUCCAGUGAGUGGAGUUGUUGUGCAAGUGAUCUUUUGAAAAUUGUCUCUACACGUGCCUUAUCUAAUAAAACAUUAGUUCACGAAGGAGAACUGUUCCUUCCCCCAUUUUCUCCCUACUAAACUUCCCAUUUGGUCUAUUAACUCUUUCUGUGUCAUACUAUAAAUGCUCCGCGAAGUACAGCUUGGAACCUGCGCGACACCUUUGUUACUACGGCCAAAGCAAAAGCAAACGUUCAUCGGCGCUCAGAGCCGAAGUCCUUGAGCUUCGUUUUGCAAGCAACGCCGGCACGCUGCUGCAGAACCAGCCUUUGGCUGGCUCUGGGCUAUUUAACGCGUUCCUAACGUGGGUUUUCCUUCCUCGCGAGCGCGCAACGUGCUUGUAAGUACAAACGCUUGAAGCCUUCCGAACAGCAUGCGACCCGGCCGCGUCGUCGAGCUUUUUUUAGGUGCCUUCGUCUUGUGGCGAGUGCAAGUUGUAAACGUUCUUGGGCGCUUGCCGUCGGAGAGCGAUAACAGAAGCGCCUGCCCCUAAACUCCCUGGAAACAGGAUCGCGCUGGCGGGGAGCGAGCUGCCGCUGACGGGGUCUCGGUCCAACGGGGCCGAACGCCAGCUUGGCCGCGCUUGGAAGCGAGAACGCGGGGCGCCUCCGUACGAGGCUCCCUCCGGCCCUGCUCCUCCGUGCUCUGGCCAUCUUCAGCCUCUUGCCGACGUUUUUCCAAAGUCAUCGGUGUCGUCUUUUAGUCAGGCCGGAGUUUUCGGAGGAGCCGAGAGGAGAAGCGUGGCCGUGAGACUCGGCGUCCCGCUCCUCGUAUGCCUCCCUGAUGACCCAGGGCUGCGUUUUGAAGUCCGUGGAAGAUGCUGGACGGGCAAAGCGAAAAGGCUGGAGCCAGACGCCAAAUCCAGGACCCACCGCAACCCUCUGCCGAGAUCUCUGAAGAACUUGAGUGAACCUCUCUGGAUUGGAUCCGCCGUUUCUCAUAACUCAUCGCCCCCCUCCCCGAUCCUGUUAGGCGCCAAAACCGUAAUUCCAGAGAGUUGACUCAACAUGCUGCCUGAAUGGUUGCUUAUUUUUUGGGGCUCCUCUGUAUGUUUUUAACUGUUUACGUUAGAUUUCUAAAACUCCUAACACCAUUAAUCCGGAUCUGGCUCCCAGUUUUGUUCGGCGUCGCGGGGCGGGUGCGUGCGCGCGAGGUUUCGUGUCGCUCGUGGGGCUCUGGGAUCUGGGUUUGUGUAUAUGUAUAUAUUUUUUUUCUUUUCCUCCUGAUCACAAGACAAUAAAUGUU